AUGACAGGAGAAACAACUCCAGAAUUGGAGGAUUUAGAAACCCGCAGCCAUGAGGAUUUGUAUCCAAUCAAAAUUGUGAAUGCUGAGGGGCCAGUGAUUGGGUCCUGUUCUACAUAUCUAAGCAGACAGUGCAUAACUCCAGAGAUCAGGGCAAAUGAUUCACAAACUAGACUGAUACUGAAAGAGGUAGAUGAGAAAGUACUUGUGGGUGGAAUCAGAGUGGUGUUUAACAAAGUAUGGGAGGAGUCUGGUGAUUGUGGCGUCCCAGGACCAGAGGUUUACAGCUCUCUGUGGGGAGGAACUGAACCCCAGCAGUCUCUAGAGCCAAUCAGAGGUCAACUUCUGUAUACUGGAAAGAAUAGGCAGAUCACGAAGAGCAGGGGAGCUGUCUAUUGGUUGCGCCCAAGUCCAUGUUUUACCACACGCUGCAACUCAUCAAACUGGGGAUUGUUAAAAAAGAGUAUCACUGUUUACAACAAAAAGGAACAGAACUCUCUUCGUCGUUUAUUUCACCUGACCCGAUUCUACCAACAUUUCCAAUCCAAGUACCCAAUACUGACCAAUACAGUGGCUAAUUACCUGAACAAUCAACCAAUGAAACGCCAAGAAAUUUCUAAAACAAGACAAGAGUGUGGAAUAGACCAAAAGAGUUUUAAGAAGUUGUACCAAUGCUCGAAGAGGUUUCGAGUGGUUGCUCUGCCGUAUAAUGAGGUGUACCCUGACAGUUCGGAAAGGGAAUGGUACACACAGACGCACUUGUUCCAGGGGCGGAUCCAGGAAUUGCGGUUAUGGGGGCGCCACUUUAUGAAGCAGGGGGUCUGGGGGCCGCCUCAAGGCCGCCAGUGGGUCCAGGGCAAAGCCCUGGUAGGAGUCCAGGGGGCGAAGCCCCCGGAAGCUCCUGGAUUUUACAGGACUUGAAAUAUGUCAUUUUUAAUGAAGUGUAAAAUGACGCAAAUUUUAAGGGUUUCUGGAAAAAUGAAGUUAUCUCAAUAAAGUAAUCAAGAAAUCAUUUUGUCAUUUAUUUCUC